GUCCCGGUCCCACCUUCCCUGACCCCCAUGUCAGCAACUGCUCGGCCAAGCGGCACGCGGGGGAGGAGGAGGUCAGGAUGCGCGUGAAGCCCCCGGGCCCAGUGGUAACGACCAGCGUUGUGCGUGGCUCGCCCGACUACGUCCGAGAGCCCAAGUUCUACCCUCCGGGCCACCCGGCGCAGCGGCCCCCGCACCGCAAAUACGCCCUGCGCCGGACAGACAAGCCAAAGAUGCUGUGCCGCCGGAGGAGGGCAGGGCGAGGGCGCCGGGUGGACAUCACCCCCGAGAGCCGCGUCUUGUCCCCUCUUGCCCUGCCUGCCGAGGUGCCCCCCGAGCCUGAGGAGCCCAGCACCCCGCUACUGGCCCCCCCUCCCCCACCUCCCACCACUCUGGACCCCGACGAGGUGUCCAAGGCCCCUGCGACGGGGAAGAAAAACAAGUGCCGAGGGGUGAGGAAGAUGGUAGUGAAGAUGGCCAAGAUCCCUGUGUCCCUGGGGAGGAGGAACAAGACCACCUACAAGGUGUCGUCGCUCAGCAGCAACCUCAACCUGGAGGGCAAGGAGCUGGCGGCCAGCAGCUCCAUGGAGCCCACGCCGCUGCUCAAGAUGAAGAACAAUGGGCGCAACGUGGUGGUGGUCUUCCCCCCAGGCGAGAUGCCCAUCAUCUUGAAGCGCAAGAGGGGCAGGGCCCCCAAGAACCUGCUGCUGGGCCAAACCAAGCCCAAGGAACCCGUCCCGGAGGUGAAGAAGAGGAGGAGAAGGAAGCAGAAGCUGGCUUCCCCUCAGCCAUCCUACAUCGCCGACACCAACGACAGCAAGGCUGACUACUCGGACGUGUUGGCCAAGCUGGCCUUCCUCAACAGGCAGAGCCACUCUCCCAGCAGUGCCCACAGUGCCGGCUACGCGCCGCCGACGGCCGGUCCCAGCUUGCCCUUGGGCAAAGCUGCCUUCUUCAACAGCACCGAGCAAGGGGGACAGUUCUCCAGCGCAGCCCACACCCCCCUGCGCUGCGACAGCCGGGCCAGCACCGUGUCGCCCGGUGGCUACAUGGUGCCCAAGGGCUCAGCUUCCUUCCAACCCUCACCCGAAAACUGCCGGCAGUUCCCCAGCGCCGCGCCCUGGGCUUUCCGGCAAGGCUACGGUGGGUUGGAUUGGAGCUCGGAGGCCUUCAGCCAGCUCUACAACCCAGGGUUCGAGUGUCACCUCAACGAGCCCAAUGUCAUCCUGGACAUCUCCAACUACACCCCGCAGAAAGCUAAGCAGCAGACGGUCUCAGAGACCUUCUCCGAGUCCUCCUCUGACAGCACCCAGUUCAACCAGCCGGCCGGCUACCGGCGUGCCAACAGCGAGGCCUCCUCCAGCGAGGGCCAGUCCAGCCUCUCCAGCCUGGAGAAGCUGAUGAUGGACUGGAAUGAGGCAUCCUCUGCCCCAGGCUACAACUGGAACCAGAGUGUCCUCUUCCAGAGCAACUCCAAGCCCGGUCGAGGCCGACGGAAGAAGGUGGACAUGUUUGACACCUCCCACCUGAACUUCUCCUCCUCUUCUUCCUCCUCCUCUGUCUACCCCUCCAAGAGGAGCACAGGACCCCGGCAGCCUCGGGGCUCCCGGGGAGCUUGUGCCUCCAAGAAGGAGAGGGGGACGGGCAAGGCCAAGUUCCCCACCAAGUCACAGGUGGUCAACCCCCUCUUCCAGGAGAGCACGGACCUGGGCUUGGACUACUACAGCGGGGACAGCAGCAUGUCCCCCCUGCCCUCCCAAUCCCGGGGCUUCGGGGUGGGCGAGCGGGACCCCUGUGACUACGCCGGCCCCUAUUCCAUGAACCCCUCCACCCCCUCGGACGGGACAUUUGUCCAGGGCUUUCAGAGUGACUCCCCCGGUUUGGGGCAGCCGGAUUUGGAGAGCAAGCACUUCCCUGCCCUCCCGCACCAGCUGGCGGGUCCCGGCCAGCAGACUGUCUUUGAGGCCGGUUUGCAGAAAGCCUUCUCGCCCAACUGCUCCCCAACCUUGGCCUUCAAGGAGGACCUACGGGCCGGGGACAUCCGGAAGCUGCCCGCCUGCGACUCGCUCAAACACAGCAUGCAGGGGGGGUCCCUGCCGCACGCCCCCCACCUGCCGUGCCGCGAUCUCCCCAUGCCUCAACCGCACUAUGACUCCCCCAGUUGCAAAAACCCCCCGUACUGGUAUUCCCCCAACGCCAGCACCCGCAGCCCUUCCUACGACGGGAAAGCGGGGGCCGGGAUGCUGGUAGACUUCAUGGGGAGGACGGACCCCACGUGUCUCAACCCCCACUUGAGCAGCCCAAGCAGCACCCACCCCUCCAAGGGUGAGAAGGAACCCUUGGAGAUGUCCCGGGCGCACCACCGAGGACCCUACGCUUGUCCCUUGAUCAAUGACUUGAACAUCUCCCCCGUACCAAGAGACUCAAUGCUGCAACUGCAGGACAACUACAGGUACCCCAGUUUUGCACCCCAAGGGCACCCCGUCAUGGCCCCCACCCAGAAGAGCGGGUUUUUGGGACCCAUGGUAGAGCAACAACACCCUGAGGACACUUUUACGGUCACCUCAUUGUAGUGUCUGCUGACGUGCCAACCGGACAACGAGGUUUUGU